UCGACCACUCCACUUCUGAUCCAAUUCCUGCUCAUGUGCAUCCUGGAGGCAGCACGGAUUCCAAUAAAAUGAAAAAUGAAUAAGAAUGUAGUAAAAUACUUACAGAAGCUUCUUUCCCACAGACUUAUAACAUGAACAAUUAUUGUUCCUCAUUUAUAGAUAAGGAAACUGCUCAAGUGCAUUUAUAUUCUUUUCUGGAAUUCUUUGUUUUACACUUCUUUUCUUGAUUCAAUCACAGUGUGAACUACUAAUGUAAUAAAGUCAAGUUGCCUUGAGGCAGCCAGAAUUAGAGAAUUGCAACCAAUGAAUCAAGAAGGUAUAACAUGAAAAUAUUUGAAUUAUGCACAGGAAGUUUGGGACUCCAGUGGCCUUGCCCUUCCCUGAUACCAAAUAUCUCAACUUAAAUAAGGGCACUUAUGAUCAUAAAAACUAUAAAGCAGUCUUACCAGGUCUCUAUAGAAAAGAGAGGAAAAAUGGAAACAAUAUUUAAGGAAGACACAGCUCUCACAUAGCAGAUCAUACAGGGUAGAUGAGAGCAUGAGAGCAAAGGGAAUAGAUAAAAACAUGAAUAAAAUUUUAAAAAUUCAGGUAUUUCUAAAUAGUCCAUUAUUGCUAAAUAUUGGACAGGUAAGAAUACACUAAUAUAACAUUUAUGGUCAGUGGUUUCAUAUGGUCAUUUGCAUUUAGUUAAAGCAUACUUAUGAACGUCUGAUAUCCACUGGUGAUGAGGAUGGAUGUACUUGGUGACUUUAAAGAGACAAACAGGAGUGAUUAAGAUGUCCUCCUCCCACCUGGGGUACCUGGGUUGGAUUCCUGGCUCUGGGCUGUGACUCGGCUUCCUGCCAGUGCAGACUGUGAGAGGAAGAGGUGACAGCACAAGCAGUCAGGCCCCUGCUACCCAUGUGGGAGACCUGGGUUGAGUUCCAGCUCCCAGCCUCUGCAUUGGUCUGCCACACACAGUGCAGGCAUCUGGGGAGUCUCCUUGUGUGUCAGCCUUUCAGAGCAAAAGAGACAAUGGAGAGAAACCAGAAAACCUAAGAAUGCUGAAACCCUGACACACAAUAGUUUCCAAUCAUGAAGCAAGUGCAAUUUAGAGUCUAGAUAAUGCAGUCCUAACUUUACAGAGUACUUUUAAAUAUUUUCAGUCAAGUGAGCUUUUAUCAUGGCCUGAGAAGAAAAUAAGAUAUAUUCGAUUGCUCUUCAUUUCCUUGAAUUAGAAUGAUGUCCUACAGGGGGAAAAUGCACUUGCUAUUCGAUUCUGUUAGAAGACUUGAUUGCAUUUGGUUGUGAUCAUAGACAGUGCUCAACUCAGGUGAGUGUCUAAAGCAGGUGUGCAUAGAUGGAGAAGAGGAACACAGAAACCAAUCAGAAGGAGCUCCAGGAAGACUAAGUCUGUCACUGUGGAGGACGAUGGCAGAGGUUGUAUGUCUCCAAGUGUGAAACAGAGGUGGUGGUCUUGAAAAAGAUGUAAAAGACACCUCAAAAGAUUAAGAAUUUCAAAAUUGUAUUGUCCCCCCAAAUUUUUAAAAUCAAUUUAUUCUAAGAACCUUAGAGUUACUCAUGUGCUAUACCCAUAAUGGGUUGAGUUGAAAAUAUAGGCAUGGGCCAUGAGCCAUUUGUUCCUAUACUAAUGCUAUUUUCUUUUCAAAGAUUCCCAGGUUACAUUGAAACACAAAAUGUCACAUGGGUCUCCUAAUUCCAUCUCAUGGGCUUCUCAGAGAUGACAGAGCUGCAGCCCCUCCUCUUUGGGCUGGUCCUGUCCAUGUACCUGGUCAUGGUGCUCGGGAAUUUGCUCAUUGUCCUUGCUGUCAGCUCAGACUCCCACCUCCACUCCCCCACGUACUUCUUCCUCUGCAACCUGUCCUUGGCUGAUGUGGGUUUCACCUCCACCACAGUUCCCAAGGCGAUUGUGGACAUCCACACUCACAGCACAGCCAUCUCCUAUGUGGCCUGCCUGAUGCAGAUGUCUCUCUCUGUUAUCUGUGGAUGCAUGGAUGGUUUGCUUCUGACAAUGCUGCCCUAUGACUGGUUUGUUGCCAUCUGUCACCCCCUGCAUUACCAGGCCAUCAUGAAUCCCGGCCACUGUGGCUUCUUAGUUUUGGUGUCCUUUGGGGCCAGCCUUCUGUAUUCCCUGCUGCAGAACUUGAUGGUCUUAAGGGAUUCCUGCUUCAAGAAAGUGGAAAUUUCUAAUUUCUUCUGUGAGCCUACUCAGCUUCUCAUCCUCACUCCCUCCGACUCCUUCACCAAUGACAUAUUCACAUAUCUUGUUGGCAUCAUCUAUGGUUUUCUCCCUAUCACAGGGAUCCCCCUCUCUUACUAUAACAUUGUGUCCUCCAUUCUGAGAAUCCCCUCAGCAGGUGGGAAGUACAAAGCCUUCUCUACCUGUGGCUCUCAUGUGUCAGUCAUUUGCUUAUUUUAUGGAACAGGCCUUGGAGUUUAUCUCAGUUCAACUUUCUCACUUUCUCCGGGGGAGGGUGCCUGGGCUUCAGUGGUGUACACUCUGGUCACCCCCAUGCUCAACCCCUUUAUCUACAGCCUGAGGAACAGGGACUUGAAGAGAGCCAUACAGAAGCUCCUCAGCAACACAGCCUAAUUUCUGUCCUUGUGCCAUGCGUUUGGACUGCAGGUUGAAAAAGGAAGCAAAACUAAUCAUCUAGAAGUACAAGUCUCACCUCUAACUACAUGAUGUAUGAGGCUCUCGUCUCUCUAAAUUUUGUGUCUGCAUAUUGUUUCUUUUGCCAUUUUGGAGAGUAUUACAGAUUUUUUAUACAUCUUAACCAUUGCAUGCCUGAAUCCUACUUUAGCUCUGCAGAACUCUCUGUGGUUUAUUAUUGAUGAUCCAGGAAUCCUGGACGAAUGAACAACCCUUUCUGCAUUUUUCUAGUUUACAUCUUUUCCAUAAUUCUUCUGUACUUUUCAUCACAUUUUGAUCCUAUGUAACUUAUUUGUGCUAGUUUUUAGUGUGGACCCCUGUCACUGCUCCUUUUUCAGCAGGGUUGUUCACCUAAUCACAGGCCUGGGUCCUGCCACCAGAGAUUCUGAUUUUUCCAACUUCUGUGAAGACUGAAGUGAAAUUUAUUUGGAAGGCAGAGUUACACACACACACAGGGGGGUGGGGAGUUAAGAGAUAGAGAGGGAGAUCUUUUAUCCACUUGCUCACUCCCCAAAUGGCUGCAAUGGCCUUGGCUGGGCCAGGCCUAAGCCAGAGUCAGGAGCUUCUUCUAGGUCUCCCCCAUGAGUGGCAGGGACCUACACAUUUAGGUCAUCCUCCUUUGCUUUCCCAGGUGCAUUAGCAGGGAGCUGGAACAGAAGUGGAGCAGCCAGGAUUUGAACUGGCACCCAUAUGGGAUGCCAGGGCUGCAGGCAGCAGCUUAACCCACUUUGCCUCAGCUAAAGCCCUUGGCAUGAGCAUUUAUAAGGUACCCUAGAGAUAUUCUGAAAAGUCUGUAGUGAUUUAGGAGCUUCAUUGUAUGUGAUAAGUCAAUUCUCCUUUGCUGCUUUCAGGAUUCUCUUUUUUUUUUCUGCAACAUGGAUAUUUUGAUUAUCAUUUGGCUUAGUGGUAGUCCUUUGGAUUAAUUUUCAUUGGAGUUAACUGAGGUUUUAUAAUGUGUAUAUGGACUUCCUUCUUGAAAUUUAGAAAGCUCCAAAUAGGAGUCACUGUUUCUUAAAAAUGGCUCUCUACUGUACCCCAUUUCUGUAUUCUUAUUGUGUAAUUUCCAUAAGGCAUACGGAAUAUAGGGCAUAUCUCCUUAUGGUAUCCCAUACAUCCCUCUAGUUUUAUUCACUUUUCUUCAUUAUUUUUCUUAUGCUCCUGUGACUAGAUAAUUUCAAAUAAAAAAAUCUGAAUCUGAACACUGGAGGUUGGGAGUCAUGGAAUAAGUGAAAGUGUUCAGGAUGAAAAGAUAGGGGAAAAGGCCAGCACUGUGGCACAGUGAGUAAAGCUGCUGCCUGCAACACCAGCAUCCCACAUGGGUGCCAGUUUCAGCCCUGGCUGCUCCACUUCCAGUCCAGCCCCCUCCUAAUGCACCUGGGAAAGCAGUGGAGGUGGGCCCAAGUGCUUGGGCCCCAGUGCCUGUAUGGGAGAUCUGAAAGAAGCUCCUGAAUCCUGGCUUUGGCCUGUCCCAGCUCCAGCCAUUGCAGCCAUUUGGGAAGCCAACCAGUGAAUGGAAGAUCUCUCUCUCUCUCUUUUGCUCUCUCUCUUUCUACCUCUUUCUGUUAACUCUUUCAAAUAAAUAAAUAAAUAGUCUUUAUAAUAAUUGGGGAAGAUGGGUGUGGUUCACUGUAACAAAGAUAUCAAUAUGUGAUGUAAUAGGAGACAUUGGAUGAGGGGUAUAUGGGGACUCUAUGUAUUACUACCUCACAAUUUUUUGUAUAUUUAAAACUAUUCUGACAUAGAGUGUUAAAAAAUGAUGAUAUAACUGUUAGUAAAUAAAUAAUUUGAAAAGUCCAAAAGUUCACUGAUUCUUUGUUGUACUUGAACUGCUUUGAAUCUCUAUAGAAUAUUACAACUGAGUUAUUGUAUUCUUUAUCCCCAAAAUUUAUUUCUUUUUUACAGUUUGUUACCUUUAUUUUCAUUUAUUCCUUUUUUUUUCUGGUUGCACAGUUGAUAUCUUUGUGUCAUCUCUU